AUGGUUUCUGCUGGUCCCGGGCGAGCAAAGCUGCAACUACUAUCAUACGAAACGUUGAGCCAGUACUUCCAAGCGCAUGAGGACGAGGUUGUUGAGAUCGAGAUACUUCCUCCUGCGAUUGAGCCAUUAGGUGGCAUACUGAUGCAAGAUGGUCUGAACUUGGGAGUCCCGAAGAAAACACUCGCUCUAGCUUACGUGGAAGCUCGACACCGGUUCUUCGAGGGCAUGCAUGAUAGCAAGUUGGCUUCAUCAGCUCUGCAAGCAACAAAAGUGAUGCUUCUCUUUGACCCGGAGCACCUCACGGCUGCGAAUUUCCGCAAAGGUUGGCUCGGUGCACUUGAAGCCGAGUUUAAAUCGUACAACCCAGCAGUCUACCAUAAAGCAUUGCGACAGGAGCUCUGUUUCUUGAACAGCAUUCUCACGUCCCCUCUCCAUCGCCAGUCCAAGUCUCCAACUCUGUGGUAUCACCGCUUAUGGUUGCUCGAUCUACUUGCGUCUGUCGAAUUAGAGAAAGCAUCCGAAGAUCAAAAGGCAACCUUUUGGCGCGCCGAGCUCACCGCUGUGUGCAAGUCGGGGGAGCAGCAUCCUAAGAACUAUUACGCCUGGCAGUACGCUCGAAGGCUUAUGCCAAAAAUUGUUAGUCCUGAAACGAAUGACGAGUUUGCUCGUCAUGUCAAAGACUGGUGCUGCAGACACCCGAGUGACAUAUCGGGUUGGUCUUUUCUUCUUUCCUUGCUACCAAGGUUACAUCCUGUGUCAAAGAGACAAGGCCUGGUGAGAGACAUUUUAAGCUAUGCGAUCAAUUUGCGGCUUGAGCAUGAAUCUUUAUGGGUGUUCAUCCGGACAAUCCUGGCGCAGGAAACUUUACUUGGAGGACGUACGGAAUUUGAUGAGACGCUUCAAAACUACAACGACGAUCUUGGAAACGCGAAAAAAGCAUCUGCGGUAUCGGAACGGGUGCCACGGACUUUAAACUGGAUCAACACUUACAGAGAGGCUAUUGCAGUUCCUAAAAACUGA